GGUCACCACAAAGCGAAUGAAAGAAAUACUCCUUUUUUCCCGGCACUAUGGAGAAGAGGAAUGCACAUUUGCCAGAAUAUCACACCCGAGGAAGUGCACGACCACCAUAUAAAAGACCUGUAGCAGGAGGUUCGUUCACAUACUAGCUGACAUCAUGAAGGUCCUGCUCCCCACGCUGCUGCUGCUGUGCAGCGCUCAAGUGCUCACACUGAGGUGCUUCACCUGCAGAGACGGGAGUGACGGCAUCUGCAAGGAGGCGACGGACUGCCCGACAUCGUCCCACUUUUGCAAGACGUUCGAGAACGAUACUCAAUUUUCUCGAACUUGUGAGGACUUCUGUGUCGAGGGACAACACACGACCUGCUGCAAGAGCGACCUUUGCUUUUGAGUCACCGCUCUUAGUUCACUUUACUUUUCUACAGAAUGAAAAUAUAGGGGGAAAGAACUGACUUCCAUCUGAAGGAAGCUCCUUUGUUAGUUCAUCUGUUUUCAAUGUGACUUUCCUAUCAUUGAGUUCAUUACUUUCGAUUAA